AUGUCUGUAUCUUUGUGUGUUUUACGUAUCGAAAUUGACGAAGAUCUGCCAGAGAUGGCUGAUAAUCCUGCCGAAGUCGAACUUGCCAAAGAACAGAAGAAGAAAGACCGAGGGGCUCGUGAAUCAAAAACUAUCACAGUAGAAACAUAUGCUAGUGUCGUGUCUGGCGCGGCGUCCGAAACUGGUAUACUGCCGACCAGUUCUCGCAGGUCACCGCCCGAGGGUAGCAAUGACCGAGAAACCAUCAGCUUCUUCUGUGGAAACCCCCUUGUCGAAGUCACAAAGGGCGUUUUACAUUUAUAUAAAGAAAAUGAGUUAAAAGAAGCCGAAGAAGCUAAGACCCUCUGCCUGCUGUCCGUUCCUGGUGCCCUGGGAGCGGCUGAUCUACUAGCGUUUGCAGCCGCAUGCCAACAAGAUAUCUGUCAUGUUAGAGUACUGAGAGACGGCUCGCCGGAUCAUUAUAUGGCAUUGUUUACAUUCCGCACGUACGAGGCUGCCCGUGAGUUCCACACGGCCUUCUCAGGAGUUCCGUACAGUAGUCUGGAGCCCCAGGCACUCUGCCACGUGGCCUGGGUCUCCAGGGUGGAGUACGCCCGCUCGGGGACUCCGCCCCCCGCGCACACAGAGCUCCCCACCUGUCCCGUCUGUCUAGAGCGUAUGGACGAGAGCGUGGCUGGCGUCCUCAGUGUACAAUGUUCGCAUUCCUUCCACGCUGACUGCCUCGUAAGAUGGAGGGACGCCCGCUGUCCCGUCUGCCGCUGUGCACAGACACCUGAACCAAGGGACAGAGCUGUGUGUCUACAGUGUGAGAGUGAGGGAGGCUCCAUGGAGGAGGGGGGUCCCGUCGGUGAGGGUGAGGGCGCGGGCGAGGCGCUCGAGGCGUACGGCUCGCUGUGGAUAUGUCUGAUAUGUGGACACGUAGGAUGUGGAAGAUAUGAGAAAGGACAUGCAGCCAAACAUUUCCUUGCAUCAAACCACACAUAUGCACUUCAGCUCGGUUCAAACCGAGUCUGGGAUUAUGCAGGUGAUAACUUCGUACAUCGUCUGGUCCAGAACAAGGCAGACGGUAAGCUAGUGGCAGCAGAAGGUGGUGUUGGCUCCGACGCUGGCUGUCAUGACAAAAUGGACGCCGCUCAGCUAGAGUUCACAUACAUACUGACACACCAACUGGAUAACCAGCGGGCCUAUUAUGAGGAGAAGAUUAACAAGCUGGAAACCGACCACCGCGCCGCCUCAUCAGCGGCUGAACGUCGAGCCGAAACAGCUGAGACCGAGGUCACUGACCUCAAAAUGAAACUUAACACACUCACUAAAGAACACGCGACCAUAGAGAGACGGAUGCAGAGCCUAGCUAAUAAAGUGACGUCACUACAAUCUGAGUUACAAGAAGAACGCGGGCUUGCUUCAGCGCUGGCGACCGCUCACAAACAGUGGCAGGAACAGGCGAGGAAGACGGAGGAGGCUCUCACUAAAGAGGUGAACGAACUAAAGGAUCAACUCAGAGAUGUGAUGUUCUUCGUAGAGGCUCGUUCGUCACUAGCGGCGGCUGCCCCAGCAGAGGAAUUAGCUGAAGCUAAAGUCACCGUCGCACCUACCAAACCUAGACGCAAGCGGCGAUAG